CGUAACCAGCGUUCAGAGCGCGUGCUUUCUUGAUAAACAGUCUUUUGUGUGCACGACGAGGGCUGAAGGAGUUUGGGCUUUUGGGUUGAACAAUGUCAGAGCAGCAGCAGCAGCAGCAGCUCACAGCAGCAGCAGACGACGACGACCCAUAUUCAUACGAGAUACAUGACGGCCCAGAGCAAAAGUCACCAUCCUCGCGGGCUGGUAGCGAUGCCAAAGCGAGCGACACAACCGUCGAACAUGAACAACCCCAGGAUAUCAACCUCUCUUCAACCGCGGCAGGCGAAAUUGAACGCACAGUCAGCUCUCCACCAUCUGACGUUGCUGCUAUAAACGACAAGGAUGUACAAGCGCCUCCCGUAGAGCCUACGGCAAAUACCACACAGGCUGCGAACGCGAACGACUCUAUCGUGCCGGAGAAGCAUGUGGGUCUCCUUGAGGAGCGCCAAGCACCAGCAGAAAGAGCACAAGAGUCGCUAUCACAAGAGGAACCGGGCGUGUCCUCUCUGCAUGAAGCUACCCUAUUGAAUGUCUCAAAGUUGGAAUCUGUACCGUCACAAUCGCAGUCUUUGCCAACUGAGCUGCUAGCUUCCACCCCAACCACAUCACACCAUCCAGAAAUAACCGACUCUACGAAAGAGGUUGAGACACGUUCACACACAGCAACAAGUCAAUCCAUUGAAAAUACAGCAGAGAACACGGGAAACGCUCCAACUGUAGCAGAUGGGACGUCCCAAGAACAACAUGAGCCUCAGCGUCCGCCUGUUGGUCCUCGUCGCUCAUCCCUUCCGUCACCUUCGCCGCACCCUCCCCCGCAGUCCGAUCUUCCCGCACAGCAAUCGGCUGAUAAAUCUUACAGACUUAAACCGAUCACGUACUUGGAUCCAAGGACGGAUACCCCACGAAGACUCAAGAUUAUCACGCAAAAUCGCAAUGGACCUUGUCCGCUCCUCGCACUCUGCAAUGUGCUGCUGUUGAGGGGAGAUAUCGAAAUCAGAUAUGAAAGAGAUGAAGUGGAUUAUGAAUAUAUUGUUGAGCUAAUAGGAGACUGGCUGACAACCCGGCUACCCCUGAGUAGUCCCAAUGCAUCAUCCCCUACAUCACCAUCGUUUUCAUCCGUCCGUCAUACAUCCGCAGACUUUUCAAAGAAUUUCACAGAUGUCCUUGAGAUCAUACCAACAUUACAAACAGGAUUGGAUGUCAAUGUACGCUUCGAUUCACCCUUCUCCUUCGAAGUAACCUCCAGUCUCCUGGUGUUUGAUCUCUUCAAAAUUAUAUUAUGUCAUGGCUGGACCGUAGAUCCCCAAGAUGAGGAGACGUAUCGUGUGGUAGUUUCUGAAUGCGGAAGUUACAAUCAAGUUGUGGAAAAGGUUAUCGAGGGUGAGAUUGCAGCGGCACAUCAAGCAAAAGGCAAAGAGAAAAUGGUGACCGAAGAAGAAUAUGAAGAGGCAUCUCGGAAGCGCGACCAACUCAUUCAUGAGGGCCUUGUAUGCAAAGGGUUUUUAGAUGCAACCGCGUCACAGCUGACCUACCAUGGACUACAAACUCUAUGUGAAACUUUGGAACCUAAUUCGCUGGCGGUAUUAUUCCGCAACAAUCAUUUUUGCACUUUGUUCAAGCGGGUCGGAAAGGACGGUACAAUUGCAUUGUAUACACUUGUUACCGACCAAGGAUUCGUAGGAGCCGAAGCUGUCGUGUGGGAGACAAUGGAUAACGUGGAAGGAGACUCGUCAUUUGUGGAUGGUUGCUUUAACCGAUUCGAAACGUCUGGCGAAUCAGAGCAUAUCCCGAGUGCAAACCUUUCAGGAGGACAACAGCCUAGCAUGAUCGGCCUGGAGGACUACGUGGAUGUCGGAGGUCAAGGACGCGAGGCCACUCAAGCGUCAUCGGACUUGGCGCUAGCACUCUCACUCCAGGAGGAGGAGAACGUCAGACAUGAUGCAUAUGUGCGAAGACAGCAAGAGGCGGAAUAUGCGAGUCAUAGUCAUGGGAGGGCAGGGCAAGGUGAUACCUCGCGCAGGAGCAGCGGGAGCGCAAAGGGAGACAAGAAGAAAGACAAGUGUCUUGUUAUGUAAUUGUGAUUGUGUUUAUACCACACCACUUGUAUUCGUACCCUACCAUUUUGAUAUGAAAUCCUAUACGGCACUGAUACAUACAAGUACUUGUCAUUUGAGGAAAAUACAAUCGGCAUUGCAGUAUGAGCUGCUUUCCGUUCUUGCGCUUUCCUAUGCAUUUGCAGU